AAGGAGGGGGGGGGCAUCAGAUGAGUGAAAGAAAACAGCAACAAGAGGAAUGAAAGAGAAGAAGAGAAGGAGCUUCCUGACAUGCAUGGAGACAGAGAGGGCUGCUUUCUUUCCUCUUCUGUCCCCCUGACCUGAAAAAGUGAAGCAGCUCCCUGAAGAGGAGGAGAUUGCGAGGAAGGACAGUCCUGUGCCCCCUCCCUCCCCUCCUGCCUGAGUAUAUAGAGUGUAAAGACUAACCCAAAUACCAGACACAACGCGGAGCUGCAGACUCAGAGGCAGCUCAGGAGACGCAGGCAUGAACGACAUCAAGCUGGCCCUUCUGGGGAGUCAGGGGGCUGGGAAGUCAGCUGUCCUUGUGCGCUUCCUAACUCGCCGCUUCAUUGGUGAAUAUGCAUCAAACGCCAACUCACUGUACAAUAAAAGGCUGUCCAUCGACGGCAGGCAGCUGAACCUGGAGGUUUUUGACCCCUGCUCUCAGAGCUCAGAGGCCAGGUGUAUCCUGGAGGAACCAGUGGACUGGGCUGACGGCUUUGUGGUGGUGUACAACAUCAGCGACCGCACUUCCUUCAUCAACGCCAAGAACAUCCUGCUGCACAUCCGAGAGGCUCGCACGGAGAACUGCAAAGGAGAAAUGGACAUCCCCAUAUGUCUUGUGGGUAACAAGCAGGACCUGUGCCACGCCCGGCAGGUUCGAGAGGACGAGGCUCGCUGCCUCGCCCAGGAGAACCGCUGCCACUUCCAGGAGGUGUCGGCAGCUGAGAGUUACCAGGACAUCGCUGGCCUUUUCACGCAGCUCAUCCGGCAGGUAAUGGAGCACCUGAAAUACAGAGCCGACCGGCGGCGCUACAGCGGCUCCAAGUCCAUGGCCAAACUGAUCAACAACGUGUUCGGGAAGAGGAGGAAAUCGGUGUGAAGAUCUGAGCCGCAGGAGCUGAAAGACUGACAGGAAACGGAUGAGUGGUCACCGGAUGCUCCAGAAAAACAGCAAAGACAUGAACUCUGAUGAUGACCUCGUCUGUCACUGGGAACAAAAGCAGCCAAUUGGAGGGCUCCAUGUGUCUGUCAUCAGCGCCAGAACAUCAUCACGCUUCAAAAACAGGACCAGAAACAAGUCAAAAAUGUUUACUCCAUUGGCAGAUUAGUCCAUAAGCAAAUAGGCUUUCUCAAAUGAAGAUUAUUUUGCUUGUGAAAGCCUUUCUUGACAGAAAAGAAACCUUUUUUUUUUUUUUUAACAAAAGUGCUUUUUUACUUUCUUAAGAUUCAGCUUUUGCUGCGCAGAGAGACGUUCUCAUCCUCAGAUAUUUGGUUUUGCAUGACACCAGCCCCCUCAUCCACACAGUCCCACAAGCUCAUUUAAAAAUCUCACUUUUGAUUGAUUUGAUUUUGAUUGAAAUUGAGCCUCUUGGUCCGUUUAUUUUAUGUUGCACUUCAUCUAAGCCAUUACCAUGUUUUUAUAAGAGCUUCUAUGAUUUUUAACCAUGAAAAAAUUUGUAUAAAUGGCUCAAAUAUUUUCUAUUUUGCUCUAAAGACUACCAUAAUCUGUGUAUUCUGUAUAUAACAACUGGUAUCAUAGAUAUUUAAAUGUUAGUCUAAAACCAGUGAAAUGUCUAAACAACACAGAAGUGAAGGAACGUAUCUGUUAAGACCAUAGACUUAUACAUAUUACUGUUACAGUGAUGUUGGACAGAAAAUAUGUCUAGCUAGUUCAUAAGUAACUGCACGGUAUAUAUCUGUAGAGAGGAAUGUCAUAAACACUUUUAAUUUGAA